AUGACCUGCAGAAGUAAAGUCAAGGCAUUUUAUGAGUUAUUAACCGAUGAAGUAACGGUAGAUUUUUUCCGUAAAACUAUUAAAAGAAACGAACACACACGAUAUGAAGUAUGUUUGCCAUGGAAAAGUGGACGUCCAGAAUUAGAAACGAAAAAGGAAUUAGCCACUAAACGGUUAAUGUUAACUACCAAAAUUCUCAUACGAUCUGGACAUUUAAGAGAAUAUGAUGAUGUGUUUAAUGAGUGGGUUCGGGAUGGAAUUAUUGAAAUUGUAGAUAAAGACGAGAAAAAGGAACACUAUUUACCACAUCAUCCUGUGAUAAAAACUGGUGUAACAACAAAAAAAAAUUCGUCUGGUUUUUCAUGCGUCGACGAAAGAUUCCAAAGGAAAUUCCAUGAAUAA